GGUGCUUGCAGUCUCCCCUCGCCGUCGUCCUUCGUCCUUUUUAAGGCGGACGGCGUUCCUGCAAAGGAGGGGGAAAUGCCCAGGGCGUGUGGGGAUCCUUCCGGCCAGCAGGCCCCGGAGAGGGCUCCUCAGCGCUCCGCUCACCACUGCCACCUCGCGAGCCCGGUGCGGCCGGGUCGGCGGGGGAUCGGCCCGCGCCCAGGCUGGCUGAGCCCAGACGCCGCCACACGUCCAUGGACGUGAAGUCGGGCCUGAAGUCCCAGUGCACUGAAGGCUUCUCUCCUUUUGGGGCAAAAAAAAAUUGAGGUUAUUUGGAGGAGGCUUCAAGGGACCUGCUGAUUUGCAUGGCCGCCGUUUAAAAAAUGCAGAACCUUUCUCUCUGCUUAGAAUGCGAUCACUGGCUGGCAGGCCACACCGAAUUCGGGGUCGCGAACCUUCCUUCGGCGGGUUCCCUGCGUUCAGUGUCAGAUCCCUGAGCCCAGGUUCGCCGUGUUUCAGUGUUUUGGCCCCCACCCCCCAGAGUCAGUAUCAGAAAUGGACCCGAGGCCUGUGGCUCCUUCCUGUGUCCUGUUUCACCCAAGUUACCACCCCGUUGACGAGGAAUUGUGCGGUUCAUGCACAUGUGGAAUGCGUUCUUGGGGUUUGCCAGGCAGGAGAGGGAGAGGGGCGCCGUCUAGAGUGAGAGGCCGAAGAGACCGGGAGCAGUGAGCACCAUGGUGGGGUCUCGUCGAAGGGAGGCCUGGAGAGAAGGGGCCGGUGGAGCAGGCUGGGUUCGGUUGCGACUACACGUUACACUCCAUGCAGCAGGCUGUUUUUCAGCAGAAACAUUGUUUGACCAGACGGGUGCUUUCUGAAGGAGCGGUGGUGGUAGCCCGGAGGAUGGGUUGGAGUCGGGAGGAAGUGGAGACGAACAGGGUUGGAAAACGCCUACAGCAGGUGCAGCCCUAGCCGGGUGGGCUCAGUGGGUGGAGCGUCGGCCUGCGGACCGAAGGGUCCCGGGUUCGAUUCCCCUUGUCGGGGCAUGCGGGAGGCAACCGAUCGAUGUGUCUCUCACUUGGAUGUUUCUCUCUCUCUUUCCACUCUCAAAAAAUCAAUGGAAAAAUAUCCUCCGGUGAGGAUUACAAAAAUAAAUAAAAAAGCAGGUAGAGCCAAUACUUUGAGGGCCUUUAAGGCAGCAGCUGGCAGCCUGGACUGGGAGUCGGGAUUCAAAGGCAGCUAUGGGAACAGUUUUACAACCGGCACCCACCCAGGUUCUCCGAUGGCUUUGGUUUUGACAUAAGCCCUUUGUAUUUCCCAUCAUUCUCUUGGUUUUGCAAAUUGUGUGAGAAUUGUUGCUUUCUCUUCUCAAGAAAGAAGAUCCCAUUCUUGCAAGAAAUUAUUGACCCAUUGAUCCAUAGAUUGAGGGGCACAUGUGUCUCCCCCAUGUAGAUCCCGGCAUCAUUAGAUUUUUAGAUUUCUAUUGCAUUCGUAGCAUCUAAGUCAGAGGAUUUUUUGACAAACGUUUCAGAAUUGUAGAACAACAUUUAGUAUUUGUGAAUGUAAUAAAUGCUUGUGUUUGUAUAAUAAAUGAACAUGUUAGCCCCGUUAGCUAUUAGCAGAGAUGAAUCACUUCCUACCGUUGUAACCGGGAUGGAAAGUACGUAAAUGCACCCUCGCCUUGUUUCUUGUAACUGGCUCCUUUAGUGCAGAACUUGCCAAGGUCGUCAAGCCUCUCGAUCGGAGGUCCGUCCAUCAGGUCUGUUCGGGGCAAGUCGUCCUGAGUCUAAGUUCUGCCGUGAAGGAGUUGGUGGAAAACAGCGUGGACGCCGGUGCCACUAAUAUUGUGACGUCACCAUUUCUACCUGCCACUCGUCUGCGAAGGUUGGGACUCGACUGGUGUUUGAUCACAAUGGGAAAAUUACCCAGAAAACCCCAUUCCCACGGCCCAGAGGGACGACAGUCAGUGUCCAGCAGCUGUUUUACACGCUGCCUGUGCGCCAUAAGGAGUUUCAAAGGAAUAUUAAAAAGGAAUUUGCCAAAAUGGUCCAUGUCCUCCACGCGUACUGUAUCAUUUCCUCGGGCGUCCGUGUAAGUUGCACCAACCAGGUGGGACAAGGAAAACGACAGCCUGUGGUGGGCACAAGCGGAAGCUCCAGCAUAAGGGACAAUAUUGGAUCUGUAUUUGGACAGAAACAGUUGCAGAGCCUCAUUCCUUUUGUGCAGCUGCCCCCUAGUGACAGCGUCUGUGAAGAGUUCGGGCUCAGCUGCUCAGAUGCUCUGCAGAAUCAGUUUUGUAUCUCGGGUUUCAUCUCUCACUGUACUCAUGGUGUUGGACGGAGUUCAACGGACAGACAAUUCUUUUUUAUUAAUUGGCGGCCAUGUGACCCAGCAAAGGUUUCCAGACUCGUGAACGAGGUCUAUCACAUGUAUAAUCGACAUCAGUACCCAUUUGUUGUUCUUAAUGUUUCUGUUGAUUCAGGAUGUGUUGAUAUCAAUGUUACUCCAGAUAAAAGGCAAAUUUUCCUACAAGACGAGAAGCUUCUGUUGGCAGUUUUAAAGACAUCUUUGAUAGGAAUGUUCGAUAGUGAUGUCAGCAAACUGAACAUCAGUCAGCAGCCGCUGCUGGAUAUUGAAGGCCACUCACUGAAACCGCACUGGGCAGAGACGGAAAAGCCUCUGCCAGAGAAGCAGGGGAGUCCCGCUUCGCUAGGGACGCCAGGAGAAGAGAGAAGGGCGGUGACCAUUUCCAGGCUGCGGGAGGCCUUUUCUCUUCGUCACUCAGCAGAGAACAGGCCUCAGAACAGGCAGGUUUCUCCGAGACAGAAGAGAAGCGGGCCGUCUUCCAGGCCUUCAGACGCCCUCUGCCCCCAGACACCCUGCUCAGGCGCAGGCUGGUCCGGCCCUCCAGGAGGGGGGAUGAGUCCGGAAGAGGACAGAGUGGAGGCGGAAAGGGACUCAGGGCAUGGCAGUACCUCCGCAGGCUCAGAGGAGGGGUCCAGCACCCCGGACAUGGGCAGUCACUCCAGCAGUGACCGAGCAGCCAGCUCCCCGGAAGACAGGUCUUCACAAGAACAGAUGGAGUCGUGCGAGAAGUUGCCUGAAACUGGGCGUCGUUUUUCAGACAUGGAAUGCCAUUUAGACCCAGACGACAGUGGAUGUAAAUUUAGAAUGUGGCCUCAGCCAACUAAUCUCUCAAACACCAAGCGUUUAAAAAAAGAAGGAAUUCCCUUAAGUUCUGACAUCCCUCAGAAAUCAGUUAAUACACAGAACAUGACAGUGUCUCAGGUUGACGUCGCUGUUAAAAUUAACAAGAAGAUCGUGCCCCUGGACUUUUCCCUGAGUUUUUUAACUACACGCGUGAAGCAGUUACAUCACCAAGAGCAGCGCAGAGGCGAGCAGAACUACAGGAGGUUCCGGGCCAAGAUUUGUCCUGGAGAAAAUCAAGCAGCAGAAGAGGAACUAAGGAAGGAGAUAAGUAAAACGAUGUUUGCAGAGAUGGAAGUCAUCGGUCAGUUUAACUUGGGGUUUAUCAUCACCAAACUGGACGCGGACCUCUUCAUCGUGGACCAGCACGCCACGGAUGAGAAGUACAACUUCGAGAUGCUCCAGCAGCACACCGCGCUGCAGGGCCAGAGGCUGAUCAGACCCCAGACUCUGAACUUAACUGCUGUCAAUGAAGCCAUCCUGAUAGAAAACCUGGAAAUCUUCAGGAAGAAUGGCUUUGAUUUUGUUAUCGAUGAAAGUGCUCCUAUCACUGAAAGGGCUAAAUUGAUUUCCUUGCCAACUAGUAAAAACUGGACCUUCGGACCCCAGGACAUCGAUGAGCUGAUCUUCAUGCUGAGUGACAGCCCUGGGGUUAUGUGCCGGCCUUCCCGCGUCAGGCAGAUGUUCGCCUCCAGGGCCUGUCGCAAGUCUGUGAUGAUCGGAACUGCUCUCAACACAAGUGAGAUGAAGAAACUCAUCGCCCAUAUGGGUGAGAUGGACCAUCCCUGGAACUGUCCCCACGGCAGGCCGACCAUGAGACACAUCGCCAAUCUGGAUGUCAUUUCUCAAACUUGACCUUGUUUUAUAGACUGGACUUUUCUGUUUUGCAAGGCAGGGCUUAACGAUUUUGUUUCAAAAUUAGCCUACUUAAGAAAGACAAACACAUAGCAGCGCCAUUUAGAAAUGAUGUUGAGAGCCUUUUGCACCAUGUGGAGUAUUGCUGCAGUGUUUUUUGUUCUGAAUUUGUGUGUGUGUGUGUGUGUGUGUGUGUGUGUGUACAGGCAAGAGCACGUUUUUUCUAAAAUGGGAAGAGCACUUUGGAAGCCAUCCAGGCCUCUGCUCUGGCCCAGCAUAUUUUAGGCUGCAACGCUAAGCCUAAUGAUGAUUAAGUUGGCAAUGGUUUAAUUUCAUAAAUUUAAAAUUAUGAUCCUCUUGGCUCACUAGUUCUCAACCCUGAUGUACAUACUUUUUUUUUUUAAAGGAAUAAUCUGGAAAACCUAGUGGGGGUUCUCUGCCCGGCUGGGAAGAAAGGACCCAGUGGAGCUGGGGUUAUGAUUUUUAAAUGUUCCCCGGUGCGGCCAGGGUCGCAAGGCACUGUUGUAGGCAAGGGGAAAUAAAAGGUUUGGAUUUGGCCGUAA